AAUCUCCAUGAUCAAAGGACCAAUCAUGUUGUUCUUAAACACAACCCAAGCUUGGAUCUGCAUGCUCUGUUCCUGCAAGCCUCUUGAUUCCUGGGGUUGGGCAGCAAACUGCAAUUUGAUGGCACUCAAGGAGAUGCCUUUCCUGAACUCGAGCAUCAAAAUUCUUCAUCUACAAAACAACAAUUUGACCACUGUUCCUCUUGGUGCUCUGGACAUCUUGACCAACUUGGAGGAAAUUAAUUUUUCCAACAACCCUUGGCACUGUGACUGCUCUAUUUUAUAUCUGAAGGAGUGGCUGGAAGAUUUCAACAAAAGUUCUCUUGAAACGGCUACCUGUGCAACUCCAGCUUCCCUAAGUAAGAAAGCCUUAAGCCAUCUGAAAGGGAAUGAACUGGAAGGAUGUAGGAAACCCCUCCCAAUCAACUGCCGUGAUUUUUUUUGGAGGGACUGUGGUCUGAUUUUUUUGGCAAUCAUUGUCUUAAUUUUAGCAGCAUGCAUUUUGCAAUGUUCAAAACAGUUAGUUUUCCAAGCCACCAGAAAGCAGCAUUCUUCUGAAGUCCCACUGCUACAGUUCCAUGACCUGGAAAAUCAGAAGUCCAAAUGAAAUGCUGCAGUGGGCACUAAGUCACCAUAAGAAUAAAACCACCCAUUUAAAGGUCAUAUUUCUGCAAACUGAAAGUAUUUAUAAUCACAACUAAAUGCCUCUUUUGAUGAAGACAUCACUCUCUCACACACACAAAUACACAUAUGUGUAUGUCAAUAGUCACUAUCAUUGGAAUUAAACCAAUAAUUCUGACAGCUGUGUAAAUUGUUUUGCUAUGUAAAUCUUUUUGUUGUGUAAUUGCACUAUACUUAUUAAUACUUCAGUAUGAACAAUUGAAAUACGUUUCCAGGCAUUGCAGCUUCUGUUGCUACGGCACUCAGCCAUAUAAUCAUUCACAAAGAGAAUAAAUAAUCCUGAUCUCAUGCAAACUUUGUUCAAUGUGGUAGCAAUUUACGUAUAAAAAAGUGGAAUUACUCACAUAUUCACUGAAUACCAAGACAGAGAAUUCAGAGCUUUCAACUUUUACAAUCCCAUCUGAAAUACAAUCUGGAUUAGAAAUUUAUAUUGUAUAAAUUAUGGCUUUGCUAAUAAAAUGUUUCAUGGCAAAAAUGAA